CUGGAUCCCCCAAACUCUGAAGCAUUGUUGUGUAGGCCGAGGGGGGACGCUGAAGGGAGGGGGAUAGUGCCCCACUUGGACAUUCCCCAGAGCAAUGGCCAGCAAGGGCCCUGGGCCCCAUCUUCCUGUGAGACUGCCGACUCAGAGCCCCCCAAGACCAUGCUGCCCCCCAGCCCUCCCAGUCUCCCUCCCGACCGCUCUGUCUCCAGCACUUCAACCUGCUCCUCGCUGGCCGGAUCUUCGCAGGAGUCUGAUGAGGUUUUCAGCGACUUGGAAGAGAAGAGCCCCAGCAAGAAACGGGUGCUACGGAAGACCAAAUCCUGGAAGACCUUUUUCACAAUGGUGCACUGGUCCUUACGGAGACGCAGCUCCUGGGUACAGUUGGCCGGUCAUGAAGGAAACUUCAAGGCCAGUGAAAAGGGACAGAUCCUGAAGAAGUUCAGCCCAGUGGAAAAUGCCUGCCUGGUGGAGCUGAUGGACGACGUCUUGCAUCCCUUUGUGCCCACCUACCAUGGAGUAGUGGAGACCAAUGGGGAGCGCUACAUCCAGAUGGAUGAUCUCUUGUGUGGCCUUGACAUGCCCAGCAUCAUGGACUGCAAGAUGGGCACCAGGACCUACCUGGAAGAGGAAGUGAACAAAGCUGGGCAAAGCCCAGUGGCACGGCGAGACUUGUACCAGAAGAUGGUGAAGGUUGACCCACUGGCCCCCACGGCCCAGGAGCACGGGCAGGCUGCUGUCACCAAGCCACGGUACAUGCAGUGGCGAGAGAGUAUUAGUUCCAGUGCUUCUCUUGGAUUCCGUAUCGAGGGCGUUACGAUUGAAGGGGGAGCCGUGCAGAGGGAUUUCAAGCAGACCCGGACGAAGGAGCAGAUUGUGGAGACUUUCUUGACUUUCACCAGGAACCACCUGGAUGUGCUGGGCACCUACCUUGCUCGCCUGGAGAGUCUGCGCCAGGCCCUGAAGGAGUCCACCUUUUUCAAGACACACGAGGUGAUUGGCAGCUCCCUGCUUUUCCUCCAUGACCGGAAGGGCCAGGCCAGCGUUUGGAUGAUUGACUUUGGCAAGACACGCCCCACCCCAGAAAACAUUCACCUGAGCCACAACGUGGCCUGGACCCAGGGAAACCACGAGGAUGGCUACCUGCUCGGCUUGCAGCACUUGAUUGACACCAUGCAAGGUGCCCUGGGCAAGGCGAGGGAACACCAAGAAGAAGCAGCCUCCAUCCAGUCUUGAGCCUAUCAUGGCUGCUUCAAUCCCAAAAAGAGAGGAGAUAGAAAAGGGCUAGUGGGUGAGUCAGGAAGGAGGCCAACGUGGGGCAAAGAGAGCUGCGCUAUCCAUGGCUUCCUAAGCCUAGAGUCCCCAGUGGAGUCAAAUUACUGAGAAUUUCCAAAAGGGACAUUUGUAUAUUUUAUCACUGCCCUGGACUUUCUUCAUGUACCAUGUACAGAAA